AAGGGAAUGUUCAGCCAGGGAUAAUUUAGAAGCUCAUGAGAAGCAGUGACAAGCAGCUGGCUACGUCCAGGGAGCAGGGUACAAAGCGGGGAAGUUAGAGGCAUCUCAAGAUGGCUAAGAACCUGCUAAUGGUACUGCUACUCACCAUCCUCAGCCAAGUGUUUUGCCUGCAGUGUAACACAUGCCAUGGAGAAUACAGUUGUGUUGGAGAGAAGGUGGCCUGCGAAGAUUCCUCAGCCAGCUGCAGAACAUCAGUCCGAAAAGCACAUGUCUCUUUUCUGGAAUUCCAGACCGUGAGGAAAGGCUGCGCUCGACAGAGCUAUCCAUUUGAAUCUUUUUCCAUGACUUCGCAUCUUGUGACUCUCUCGUACCAAGAAAACUUUUGUGCGGAGGAUGGCUGUAACAACAAGACCUACUUCGUCUCUCAUCCUGCCCCAACCAAUCACAUGCGCUGCCAUACCUGUGCCUCCCAGGGAGCCUGGUGUCCUGAAUCUUCUCGCACUCAGAUCAGCUGUGUCGGGCAUCAGGACCAAUGUGUGGAUCUUGACAUCACCGGAAACUUGGGUCCGUAUGCCAAUCUCAAGCUGAAAGGAUGCACCAAUCUUCCCCGGUGUGAAGACAACUUGAGCUUUUACUCAGGAAGCCGAACCAUCCAUGCCACCUGCUGCAAUACUCCGCUUUGCAAUACCUUCACCCCAGACUUGCACCUGGAAAGCCAGGCACCAAACGGAUUGGAGUGCUACAGCUGUGUGGAUGGACAGGGCUCCGGUGGUGCGUGCUCCAACAAGACCAUCUCCAAAGUGAAGUGUACUGGCGUUCGUAACAUGUGCCUGGAAGGAAUUGGCAACAGCCGUAAAGCUGGGAAAGAGGAGACCUUGGUGACUUUCAAAGGCUGUGCUUCCCCUGCCAUGUGCCAGAGCUCUCUCUUGGAAUUGGUGCAGGAGCUGGACGACGCUGACAUCAUCUGUUGCCAAGGGAAUCUCUGCAACAACCGCAUUGUAGAUGGUGUGAUCAUGGAAUCUCGAGUCCCUGCUGACAGCCCCGAAAACAUUGAGGAUGUAGGAUGUGUCACCUUCGACCCCAAGCCCCCUGAGCCCAUACCCACGUCUGAUUGCUUCUAUUCAGAUGAGGUGGAAGAUGGUAACAUGGUGGUGGUAGACUCACCUCGCGGUGAGGUCCCAUCUCCUGGAAACCACACUGAUAAGGAGACCGUCUACGUGAUUGAUGAAAAGAAAGCGAGUGAGAACUUGGUCAAUGAGAGCAAUGCCCGACCUUCAUCCCAUCAUGACCACACCUUUGUAGGUGGAAAACCAUAUGAGGAGACUCUUUCUGGAAAUUCUUCUGAAAGCAGAGAAACUUCUUCUUCUGCAGGUGAUUCACACACGGAACGUGGUUCUUCAGGCAGUUCCUCGUCUACACCAAACCUGGGGAGAAGCAAUGCAACAUCUUCUGGUAACCACGGUGGUGUGGCUCUACUGAUACCUUUCAUCGUUUCCAAGAGAAACAGGACUACCGCUCCUACCACUUCCUCCCCCUUCGAGGCGAGUACCUCCAAAGAGGUUUUGUCAGAUUCUAGCAAUGAUAAGGACGUAGCGAGCGAUAAAUGUGAGUCGGAAGAGAAGUGCCUCGCCGCUGGGGGACACUUCAUAGCCACCAAUGAGAAAGAUCAUGGAGGUUCUCCUUCCAGCCACCCUGCAUCUACUUCUCACGGGAGCGGGACCCCAGUAAACACCUCCAGCUCUGCUGAAGACACUCCCAACACUGGUAACUUUCUCAGAGAAGGAAGCAACCAGGAAUCGGAAUCCUAUUCCUCAUCCACUGAAAACAUACAUAAUGUUUCCGUUUUAGCCAUAGAAGAACAUGGACCUCCACAUGCUCCUGCCACCAAUACCUCAGGAAGCACCAACGUGGAGGGUGGCCAUGGCACACCUGGAGUUGAAAACUUCAUUGUUGAUAAUAGGAUUCCUGUAUCAACUCCUGCCAGUCGUAAUGCAACUUCAGAUGGCUUGGCCAGCAAUGUUCUUCCUAGGCUUCCGAUUGCCUCUCUAGAUAACGGCUCUUUCAUCGUAGAAGAUGAGCCCGAAGCAAAUGUUUCUGGAGCAGCAAACAUCAAUGUGUCCAACUCCAUCCACAAUCCCGGGAUGGGCCUUGCAGUGGCACUUAGUACCUCCCGUCCCAAAACCAAGACUCCGUGCAGCCAGCCAGGGUGUGAAAACCCACAUAGAGUGAACCUGAUGACCUCGUCUGGAGAAGCGGCAGAAGAAGCUACGAGGAACGCUAGCGCCCCGUUAUUCAGCGAUCCUAAAAGUCCAGAACACAACAUAGCAGAAAAAGAGCAAGCCAAUAGUGGAGCUCUCGGCCUUACCACAAAUUUGGGGCUUUUCUCCCUCGCUUUUUUGUUAGCUGCCCUUACUUAGUUUGCGUUCACUGGAAGGGUGAGCCAGGUGUCUGGAUUUUAUCCCAACCCGCUUCAAAAAAAAAAAGAAGAAGAAGAACAUGGGAACUUGGUGGUUCGCGCAUCCACAAAGUUUACAAAAGAGGAAGGAUGAAAUUUGCAAAUGAGGAGCUAGAUUAAAAUUUGGCAAACUUCUGUUUUGUACGAGAGAAUGUGUGCCUUUUUAUAUACGUGCAGGAGAGAAUGUAUCGUAUAAAAAAUGUAUAAAGGAAUGGUAUUUUGCCCCCUGCUGUAAGGAACGGUAUUGCUUCAUAAGCCUUAAGUGCUGUGUAGAGUUGAGCAUAUAUUCAGUUAGAUUUGAUUCAAAGGGAUUAGAGAAUUGGAAUCUUGACUCUGGAUUAAUUCAAUUUCAGAUGUUUCGGUGGGAACCUGGAUGUUCACUGAGCUUGCUUGUUUUCUUGCAGAGGUUUCAUUACCGAACUAAGUAACGUCAUCCAUGCAGAGAUUCUUCUGCACAUGCAAUGCACAUUUCUGCAUAGGCACUGAAACAGCUUUUUUACCCUUACCAAAUAAACCCAUCUAUGAGCCACGGUGGCGCAGUGGUUAGAGUGCAGUACUGCAGGCUACUUCUGCUGACUGCUGGCUGACUGCAAUUUGGUCAAGUUCGAAUCUCACCAGGCUCAAGGUUGACUCUGCCUUCCCUCCCUCCAAGGUGGGUAAAAUGAGGACCCAGAUUGUUGGGGGCCAUGGGCUGACUCUGUAAAACCACUUAGAGAUUAAAGCACUGUAAAGCGGUAUAUAAGUCUAAGUGCUAUUGCUAUUUAGAUGUUUCACUUUGGAUAAUGAAAAUAGCGGCGUUUUCCAAAUCGAUUCAAUUUUUUCCCAAAUGGAUGAUUCAAAUCUGAUGUCAACACAAUUUUUCACAAACCUACGGACCAUAAAGGCAAGUCUUCUUAUAGAUCAGCUGGCACUGAGAAGACUUCAGAUGAAACCCUGCUACUUUUUCUACUUUUUGAAAUUCGGUGUUGGAGACAACUCUUGAGAAUCCCAUGGAAACAAACCAGUGCAUCAUGGAACAUAUCAGUCUAGAAUUCUCACUCAAGUGGUCAGGCUCAAAUGAUUUACUUUGGACUUGUAGUUGGUUUCACUUACCUUCACUACCGGUUUGGAAUUGUGAGCACAUGCUCACGUGCGCUUGCUUCACGCGUGGGGCGCUUCUGCGGGUGGGUGGGCGGAGGCUCCGCCGCUACCAGUUCAUCUGAACCAGGGCGAACCAGUAGAAACCUACCACUGCUUUGGACCCAUCAUGCAAAGGUCUGGCUCUCUUUUGAAGUCCAUAAUGCUGGGAAAGAUGGAAGGAAACGGGAAGAGAGGACGAUCAAUUGCAAAGUGGAUGGACUUGUUUACAGCUGUGAUUGGAAGAUCUGAAGGAUCGGGUUGGAGAUGGAUCCUUCUGGAGACCCACCUGUGCGGUUACUAAGAAUCCACACUAAUUCGAUAGCACAUCAUCAAUACUGUUAAUAAAUAGCCACAUAGCAGAAGGGCUAUGGAGAUUCUCAGUCGUUCAGGUCGUGGUUGUCCCAAAGGUACUUUUUAAAAAGGCAACUGGACUUCCUUGUUUCCCCCCCCCCCUUGAAAACAUUUCGCUUCUCAUCCAAGAAGCUUCUUCCGUUCAGUUCAGCUAGGGAUGAGUAGCUUUGGAAAAUAGCACCUUUGGGACACAAAGCAGAAGGUGUAGCUCGAUUCUAAACCAACGUUGUCCAAUCUUGGCAAAUUUAAGGCUUGCAGACUUCAAAUCCCAGAAUUCCCCAGCCAGCUAAUUCUGGGAUUUGAAGUCUGCAAGUCUUAAAAUUGCCAAAAUUGGACAUUCCAGCUCUCUAAACAGUGACAAGCAUUAUGAUGUUCUCCAUGCUUGGCAAAUAUGGAAGUUGUAGUCCAACGGGGGCAGGCCCCAAAAAGUUUGCCUGAGUUCUUCUCCAUGAUUGAAUGAAAGCCUCGUAUUUCUGACGUGCCUUGAUUGCGCCAUUCUCUUUGCUCAUCCUCCGUUGACUUUUGACUGGUGUUGUGUAAAAAAAAAAAGGCGGCUCAGAGAUUUUUGCUCAUCAAAGCGCUUAACCAAAUAAGGCCAACAUAAAUAAAGGGUUUUAGAAAGACAGAAA